CGAUUUCUCCCCUGGAACUUCUUCUCUGAUUCUCUCCUUUUAUGUCUUCUGGCCUUAUUGAUUCUUGAUUUUUUUUCCUUGCAAACUCGAUUUCAAAGUGCUCUCAAGCCAAAUCAAAUCAGCGAGACAAGAGACUGUGAAGUCUACACAUCCGCGGUCAACUUUGGUCUUCGAUCUUGUUGAGCAACCCCCUGGACAAGAUUUGAAGAACAUAAGUCAACAAAGACCGCCAUCAUGUCCUGGAAGCUCACCAAAAAACUGAAGGAGACGCACCUUGCCCCCUUGACACAAGGCUUUGGUCGGUCGUCGUCUACCUCGACAAUCAAGGGCGACUCAAAUGGCGGUGGUGAUGAGACCCCAGUGGCCACACAGGCUCCGAGCAUCCCCCCGACUCCUUCAACAAACGGCAUCGUCGCCUCGGAGUCCCUCGUGUCUCCCCCUGUGGCUCAAGUGAACCCAGGUAUUCUAAUCGUGACCCUCCACGAAGGCCGAGGAUUGGCUUUGUCCCCUCAAUUCCAGCAGAUAUUUAACUCGCAUUUCCAAAACAACUCCUACGCUCCCUCGUCAUUGCGUCCUAACACCUCCUCUUCGUCACAUUCGUCGCAUGGCCAAUCCGGUUCCUACGUGCAGAAUGCCCGACCGCAGUCCACUAGUGGGGGUAUCAAUUCCGCACCCACCAUUCACGGCCGCUACUCCACCAAAUAUCUCCCGUACGCUCUGCUUGAUUUUGAAAAGAACCAGGUCUUUGUCGACGCCGUGUCAGGUAACCCGGAGGCGCCUUUGUGGGCAGGAGACAGUACAGCCUUCAAAUUUGACGUUUCCCGAAAAACCGAGUUAAACGUGCAGCUGUAUCUGCGCAAUCCUGCGGCCCGCGCUGGUGUCGGCCGUAGUGAGGACAUCUUCCUGGGCGCCGUGAAGGUCCACCCCCGCUUCGAAGAGGCGGGUCAGCCCUACAUCGAAGAUCCCAAGUUGAGCAAAAAGGACAACCAGAAGGCCGCCGCCGCUCAUGCUGAACAGGAGCGCAUUCGGGGUCAGUCUGGCGCUGAGUGGCUGGACCUUCAGUUUGGAACCGGCUCCAUCAAGAUUGGUGUUUCAUUUGUCGAGAAUCGGCAGCGCAGUUUGAAGAUGGAGGACUUCGACUUAUUGAAGGUCGUUGGUAAGGGAAGUUUCGGCAAAGUCAUGCAGGUCGUGAAGAAUGAUACCGGCCGAAUCUACGCCUUGAAGACAAUUCGCAAGGCUCAUAUCAUCUCGAGAUCUGAAGUUACUCACACUCUUGCGGAGCGCUCGGUGCUUGCGCAAAUCAACAAUCCUUUCAUUGUCCCCUUGAAGUUCUCCUUCCAAUCUCCUGAAAAGCUGUACCUGGUGCUGGCAUUUGUGAACGGCGGAGAAUUGUUCCAUCACCUGCAAAGAGAACAGCGAUUUGAUAUUAACCGCGCCCGGUUCUACACCGCAGAGCUGCUGUGUGCUCUUGAGUGUCUCCAUGGAUUCAAGGUCAUUUACCGUGAUCUUAAGCCUGAGAACAUUCUGCUCGACUACACUGGUCACAUCGCCCUCUGCGACUUCGGUCUGUGCAAGUUGGAUAUGAAGGACGAAGACCGAACAAACACUUUCUGUGGAACUCCCGAAUACCUUGCGCCUGAACUUCUGCUUGGUAACGGUUACACCAAGACUGUGGAUUGGUGGACCUUGGGUGUUUUGCUUUACGAGAUGCUGACUGGCCUGCCUCCAUUCUAUGACGAGAACACCAACGAGAUGUACCGCAAGAUCUUGCAGGAGCCUCUAACCUUCCCCAGCAGUGACAUUGUCCCGCCCGCUGCUCGGGAUCUUCUCACCCGACUGCUGGACCGCGACCCCCAGCGCCGUCUCGGUGCCAGCGGUGCAGCAGAGAUCAAGUCUCAUCACUUCUUUGCCAACAUUGACUGGCGCAAGCUGCUUCAGCGCAAGUAUGAGCCUAGCUUCCGUCCAAACGUGUCGGAUGCCCGUGAUACGGACAACUUCGAUGAGGAAUUCACAUCGGAGAAACCACAAGACUCCUACGUCGAUGGACCAGCCCUGUCACAGACCGUACAGGAGCAGUUCCUUGGAUGGUCCUAUAACCGUCCUAUCGCCGGUCUCGGUGACGCCGGCGGCAGUGUCAAAGACCCAUCAUUUGGCAGCAUCCCCGAGUAAAAGUACUAACUCUGCUUCGGGCUGCCUUUUCGACUAGAUCGAGAAAGAUCAAUGUGCGAGAGAAGCUCAUAGACGAUUCUCCUUUGUACUGUGUUUUUUGUCCUGUUCCACACACAUAUCACCAAUCUUGAUCAUUUUUCUCUCUUUUUCUGUCUUGUCUUUUGUUACUUUCCAUCCCAAGGAGUCUGUGGCAUCCUGGUCUCAAAGUCUCUCCAAGCUUAGAGACUUUUGUGUGGUUCAUUAUUUACCAUCUUUCUUGUUUCCUCAUCUCGCCUCCCCCAUUGAGCGCUUUGGUUUUUUUUUCCUGGUGAAUCCAUCUCAGCGUCAUCGAAAACCCCAUAGGCAGGUUCCUUCU